CAUAGACUUGCCAUAGCCGCCAUAUUGAACGAUUGGCCAAUGACUGUUGUAUGAUGAACGCCUCUUCCUCAUAAAACGACAUCUGUGUUGAACCUUUUAAAUGUGAUCUGUUCAUUAAUGAGUUGAUGUAGGCGAUUUAAAGGACUAUUUUACCGUUGCUUAACACAUCCUCCUGCCAAAUAGGUCAAUAAUUUAUCUUCAAAUCGGCGAAUUGUACAUCUCAUCAUGGCGGCGGGGCCAUAUAACUACUCUUAUAUCUUCAAGUAUAUCAUUAUAGGAGACAUGGGUGUCGGCAAGUCAUGUCUCUUACACCAGUUCACAGAGAAAAAAUUUAUGGCAGAUUGUCCUCACACAAUUGGUGUAGAGUUUGGAACAAGGAUAAUUGAAGUUUCCGGACAGAAAAUCAAGUUACAAAUAUGGGAUACGGCAGGACAGGAGAGAUUCAGGGCGGUGACUAGGAGUUACUACAGAGGAGCUGCCGGAGCAUUAAUGGUCUAUGACAUCACAAGACGAAGCACAUACAACCAUCUCAGUAGUUGGCUUACCGAUGCCAGAAAUCUUACCAAUCCAAACACAGUAAUAUUUCUUAUUGGCAACAAGAGUGAUUUAGAGGCACAACGAGACGUCACGUACGAAGAGGCAAAGCAAUUUGCAGAAGAAAAUGGACUACUGUUCUUAGAAGCCAGUGCCAAGACUGGUGACCAUGUAGAAGAAGCAUUCCUGGAUACUGCCAAAAAGAUCUACCAAAACAUCCAAGAUGGAAGUCUCGAUCUGAACGCCGCCGAGUCGGGAGUCCAACACAAACCCGCCGCUCCACGUAGCAAUCAACUUAACACUGACCAACAGCCUGGUAAAGAAGGCUGUGCGUGCUAACAGCGUCUCGUCAUCGUAGCUUCCGCCGCCUCUUUCUUUCUUUCUCUCUUGUCCAUCUGUCUAUCUGUCGAGGGUGACUCUACGUCACUUAUCUUCAAUGCUCACAGGUCUCAUUGGUUUUCAGUUUGGGAAUAGAGAGGGUUUUUACAAUUGAGAUAUAAAUGAUAAUGAAAUGAAUUAUUGAAAUGUCACAGACUCUCUAGGUGAUACUCUCAACUCUUUAUCUGCCACUUGGUGAAACCCAAUAUUGCCACACUAUUUGGAGUAUAUUGUGUGUGUGCCAAAUGUUGACUAUGGCAGUCCAUUGUUUGUUCCAAUGUUCGGUCAUAGUAGAAAAAGGGUUAAAGACAGAGAUGUUAUUGGCAUUUUGAAUACACUGACAGGUUUUAUUUGUAGUUAUACAUGUAGACUUGGUAGGUAGAUAGAAGAAGCAUGAAAAGGUACAUGUAAAUUGUUCUUCCAUAUGAAUUUCUGUUUUUAAAUUACAACAUCAAGAAAGAAACAACACUUUUUUGUAAUGGUAGAAUUCUCAUACCUAGUUUGAGUGAUAUGUCCUUUUAAUUGGUACUGUAAUACUGAUACUACCUGGAAGAUCACUUUAUUUGGGGUUUCAGCCAAUGAGAUGACUAAUUCAGUCUGAUCUACUCAAUCUACUCGCUUCAUGUGUGAAAGUAUUUUUGCAGGGAUGUAAACAUUUUGUGUAUGUGACACAAUACUGUUUUGAUUCUGGCUUUCUUCUUCUUUCUUACAUUAGAAAAAAAAAAGAACGAUAUAGAUAUAUAUCCAAAUGUCACAAUGUGAUUUCUUUUCCAUUCAAUAUGUAGGAUUCAAUUUAUAUUUGUUUGAUUGGGGCAAUAUGACCCAGAUAAAUACCAUAGUGCAUACCACAUGAUUUUUUUUUCUGCAAUACAAAAUUCAUGAACCUUUUGAAAUUGAUUUAUGCCUGGAUGACUUUUCAGCUUUUUGAAAGUGGAAAGUAUUUCAUUUUAGCCUGUAAGACUCGUGAGCAUUGAAGAUAUUUGUGUGUUUGAAUCCUCAGAAUUCUGUUUCUCAAAUAUUAUGGUAUGGAAAGAGAAAAAAGACACCUCUUUUGUUGACUUCGCUCAACUCAACGCAAGACAGUCUGAUCGGCAUUCUGUUUGCUCUUUUUCUUUUUCAUUCAAAUGCAAUAUGUGUACAUUACUUAAUCAUAUGAUUUGUCAGAACGUGGUGACUUGUGUAGACUCCUUUGUUAGUAAUCCCGUUACAUGUGCAGUAACCCAAAUUAUCAGAGGAUUUUGAUUCAUACGAGCACUGCAGAAUGGAGUAUACAGCAGUGGAGUGAACAAAAGAGGUUUAGAUUUCUUUAAUUUUUUUCAUUUUCCGGUGGUUUAAUUACGUUCUUUGAUUAGAUAAGUAGCAUGUAUAGUUGUUCAGUAAAUGGUGUGAUGUGCUACAUUUCUUAGCAUUGUGUUAUUAAUAUUGAUGAAUAGAAGGAGAUUGCCCUUCGCCGGUCCACGAUCGGCACUUCAUAGACUGUACAUUCAGCGCAGAGCUUAUUAUGAGAAACCUAUUGUAUUGUGUAAAUACUUAUAUAUAUUAUAUAAAUGGUACUUGUAGCAAUGAGCUGCGUCCCCAUUGCUGCGAUCUUAUCGGUUGGGCUGCUCUUCGCAGGGGUACAUUCACAUUGCCAAGUAUGUAUUGUUGUACAGAGCAUGUGUACUCUUGUGUACCUGAUGCUCUACAUGCAACUCAUCAGUUUACAUGUGUAUGCAGUGUAGCAAGGGGACUGGUCCAGCCUGACAGUGUUGCAUCACAAAUGCGGUGAUCGUGGGAACAGCUUCAAAAGGGAUGUGUAAAUCAUGGCUUUGCCAAUCUGUAGAAAACUGUGCUGUCUUUUUGUACACUUGACUUAACAGAGAAGUAAAUUACCAAACAUUUUGUAUGAUUAGCUUAGCGACGGAUUAUAUAUAUUUCAAGAUAUGUUAGGUUGUGGAACAACAUGUAAUGAACACAUUCUCAAGACAUAUUGCACAUGACUUAUAUAGUUUUAAUCCUGUUUAUCUGUACAUAGAUUUUCACUAGUCCAAAGUAGAAAAGAAUACACCGAAAAAUUUAUUUCUUAACAAAAUGUUCCUACCAUUUUCUCUGAUAUUUGACUAAUUUCGUGUGUAAUUAUCAUUAAGGAGAGUUCACUAUUACAGGCUGUUUUACUCUAUCACACUUUUGAAAUUCUCAGUAUCUUUUCUUCUAUAUACUUACCUUGCCUGUCUUAAAUUUUGGCUGUAUAAUACACGAAUAUCUCAUUUACUAACACUGCUUUAAUAUUUAAUUGCAUCUUUUAAAAUGCAAUUAAUAUAUAUGUUUAUUUGGUGAUGCAUGAUAAUACAAAUGGACAUUCCAAAGUUUACUUAUGUCAGAAAUGAAUGGACACAAGUAAUAUAGCUGUUUAUUGUACUUGAUGUAGUAAGAUUUGUUACAGUUAUAUUGUGGUUGAUUUGGUUGCACAAUUUUGUGAAUUGACAAACUACAGAUGAAUUAACAUGGGGAUUCCCCUUACAAAAGAAUGAAUGACCUUUGAUCUCAAGAUUUAAUUCAUCAAGGUAACCAUGAUGCUGGUAUAACCCACCAUUAUCAGGAGCUUUAUUUUGUGAUCAAUUUUAUGACCUUCCAAUUUAUCAAGAAAAUCUCAAAUUUAGUAAAUAGCUUUGACCGUUGAAUGUUGGCAUCCAUCCAUAUCUGAUUGUGAACAUGUGAGAGAAAAUAGAAGUCAAAUAACUUUGCUUUUAUAAAGUAAGAUGCUUUAAGAAUCUGUGCACCUACAGUUUGUUGAAAUUAACACCAAGUUUGAGUAGCAUCAUUAUGAGCAUGUAUCGUUUCUGCUGGCAUCAAGUUGGUGUUAUUAAUAGCAACUCAGCUUCUCUUGUAAUUGCUUAUUAUACACACUCUACUUAGGAAUUGCUUUGAAAAAUACAUUAUUAAGUUCAGUGGAAAACAAGGAAACAAGAUGCGGUAAACAACAUUUUAUAUCCAUUCAAUGCAUAUUGUCAAACUUAUCAGCAUCUCUGCAUUUCUCUCUCUGUCUCUCUGUCUCUCUGUCUCUCUCUCUCUCUCUGUCUCUGUCUCUGUCUCUCUCUCUCUCUCUGAAUCUAACCUAGGUGGUCAUGUAUUUAGCUUUUCUCAAAUUUUCUUAGUCUCGGUUCAUCCAUGCAUCCAUACUGCGAACAUGCUCUUUAAAAAAAUUAUUGCUUAUAUUCUGAAAUCAAAACCUUACUGCAGAUUUUCCUGCUCAACAAACAGAUAAGGGUUAUUAUCUUCAAUAGGUCAUAGUGUAGUCUUAUCAUUUCCUUCAUAGCUGAUUACAAUGUAUAUUCUCGUACUUGUGUUGAACCCAUUGUCUGCAGCUGUCUACCGUCAUGUCUUGUGGCAUUCAUAAAGUGUAGUUCCAACGAAUACUGCUUGAAUUUUUAUUGACAUUCUGGUGUAAGCUGUAAUUAAAAAAUUAAAAAAAAUUAUAACAUUUCAAAGAUGCAUCAUGCAGCCUUCAUCUAGGAUAUUCUAACUCAUCUAAACCCUUCAGUAUACUGACUGUUCUCUUUCAUUUUCAACGAGAAAGAAAAGAGCUUAUGGCUUUGAAUACACUUGUGCAUUGACAAGAAAUGCACAUGGGUAUGAAUACAAUUGUGCAUUGAAAAGAAGCUACCAAGAAACUUAAUUACCGGUAUGUACGAAGGAAGGGCUACCUCAUGUAUCAGUAGUUAGAAUUAUAUUUGAUUUGUUAUGACUGCAAUUUUUGUUUCUUCCUUUAAGGCAUCUCUUUUUCUAAAUUUAGGAAAAUCUUUUGAUGAAAAGUGGAGAAAUUGUUGGUACCAUUGCCACGAUAAGUUCCAUGACAACAUCAAGCUUUAACUGCUGAGAGGCACCAACAUUUUUGUAUGAAAUAUGCGAAAAUUUGUGGAAUGUGCUAGCAGUCUUGGUCAAUAAAGAGCACAUGGGUAAUAAAUGAGAAGUUUGGAGUUAGUUCCUUCUAGUCUUAAAGUGAUCAGCGUACUGAUGAUUUUAGAUGUAUGUUGUGCUGUAUGCGCUAGAGGGUACUAUGUAACAAAGACAUAAAGUGAAGAUAUAUGGUGUUGAAUUGUAGCAUGAUGAUUACUUCAAAUUCUACAGGGAUACUCAGCAUGAUCCAUAAGUGAGGAUAUACUGCUAAGGAUCUUAUAAUAUGGGAUGGUUUUAAUUUGUUUCACUUGUUUCAAACCAAUUAAUAUAUGAGGUAACAUUCCAAUAACAUUGAUUACAUAAUUAAUAUAAGUCCUGUUGGAAAUAGCUUGAAUGUACACCCAUCGAAACAUCCUCAUAAUGUUUGUGUCCUGAAAUGACUCCUGAAAGAAGGUAGUCCUCUAUAAAUUCACUACUUUACUCUCAUCAUAACUAAUUUAUUUGUUGUAUCAUUAUAUUAUUGGUUUUCCUUCUUUAUUUUCAUGAUAUAAAUCCUGUAUUAGUACUCCCGAUCCCUUCUGUGUUUCAUACAUUAUUCAUAUUAUAAAGAAAGUAAGUAAAGGCAGUGUAAUGAUUUGUAGAAUAUAUUUUGUUGACUAAUAUAUUUGAACUGGUUUUAUUGGUAAUGGACAGUAAAUAAUUGAAUAUUAGGCUCCCGGUAUGUACUUUGUAUUUUAUAGAAACCACAUUAUUGAAUAUGAUGCAAAUGUGUUUGUUUAGGUAACCUUAAUUGAAUUUGUCUCCUUGUGGAUAUUUCUUUUUAUAUAUGGCAGAGAAUAGUGGUUGGUUUAGAUGUAAAAUAUUGAUUGGGUGUGAAAGAGUAUUUUAACAUUUUCUUUAUUAUGCACCCGUCAGCCCAGCCGCCCCCUACCACUCCAAGUAAACAUUUGUGGAUUCAAAAAGUGUAUAGUGAGCAAUUUAUGUGUGUAUGAAAUACAUUUAUUAUUAAAUGGUAUUAAAUUGAUGAUUCUGUGACAUAAUAACAAAUUAAAAGAUACAUUGAGACGAA